AUGCAGGAGCUCCUCCCAAACCAGCUCGAAGACGUGGUGGACUUCAUCAAAGUGACCAUCAGCAGAAUACGACGGAGGGAGAGGAAGAAAGGAGCAAGCCAGCGGAGAGGUGGAAGAGGAAGAGGAGGAGCUAGAGGAGAAGAGAGAGGGAGCAGGGUGAGAGGAGGGGGAGGAGGUGCGGGAGGCGGACGAGGACAGGGCUGCAUGCUGAAACAGAUCCACCUCAACGUGUCCGACCUGGGUCUGGGCUACCAGUCCAGCGAGGAGAUGAUAUUCAGGUACUGCUCUGGGCCUUGCAGGAAGUCCGAGACUAACUACGACAAAAUCCUCUACAGUCUCGCUCACAGCAGGAAACUUCUUCCCAAAGACACGCCCCCUCAUGCUUGCUGUCGGCCAAUAGCGUUUGACGAUGACCUCUCCUUCCUGGAUGACAACCUCAUCUACCACACCGUGAGGAAGCACUCAGCCAGGAAGUGUGGAUGUGUGUAG